UAGAAAAAUGAUUAAUCCAGGUAACAUAUAGUUCUAAUAGGUAAAUUAUAAUAUUCAUCAGUUGGUAUGAGCUGGCGAAACUUGUUACCGACUGAUCAAGUUUACCGACGCCGACCUUAGUACAAUGUACCCAUCGACUGAAAGAUGGUAGUACAAUCGACGCAGAAAAGUGUAUUUCUAGCAAUUGCCUUGAAUUGGACAUCUGUAAAGGUUUGAUUCGUGGACGUAGCCGACUAUGCUCUUUCGACUUUUCGCAUAGAGUACGAAGAUGGUGGAUGAUGCGUUUGGAAAUAUGGGUUGUGUUUGUUGAAGUUACGUUAUUGUGCAAUUCUGAGAUGGGGUGAAUACGCGUAACAAACAAGAAUACAGUGCUAAUGUAUUGGUGUAUAUGUUUUUACUGUAGUUACUGAACUCUAUUGCUGUACUACGAAAUGGCGACUGAUAAAAUAAAAGUUGCAGUUCGAGUCCGGCCUUUCAAUAGAAGAGAAUUGGAACUUGGUACGCAAUGUGUGGUCCAGAUGGAAGCUCGACAGACGAUAUUACAUCAUUUGGAAAGGAAACAGCCAAAAUCCUUCGCCUUCGACCACUGCUUCUACUCUCUGGAUCCUUCAUGUGAACAGUUCGCAAGUCAGGAAAUCGUGUUCGACUGCCUUGGACGGGACAUACUCGACAAUGCCUUCCAGGGUUACAACGCUUGCAUCUUUGCGUACGGUCAGACAGGUUCAGGAAAAUCUUACUCGAUGAUGGGCGGUCAGGACAACAAGGGCAUUAUUCCUAGGCUGUGCGACUCGCUCUUUGACCUAAUAGCGAAGCAGCAGAGUUUGGAGCUCACGUACAAAGUGGAAGUCAGCUACAUGGAAAUAUAUAAUGAAAAGGUGCAUGAUUUGUUGGACCCCAAAGCGAACAAACAGUCACUCAAGGUACGAGAACACAAUGUGAUGGGCCCUUACGUGGAUGGGCUGUCACAGCUGGCGGUUACAUCUUUUCAGGACAUCGACAACUUGAUGGCAGAAGGCAAUAAGUCAAGAACCGUGGCAGCAACCAACAUGAACAGCGAAUCAUCGCGUUCUCACGCAGUAUUUUCAGUGGUGCUGACACAGACUCUGACAGACACUAAGUCGGGUGUUUCUGGCGAGAAAGUGAGUCGGAUGUCUCUCGUUGAUCUUGCGGGAAGCGAAAGGGCCGUCAAGACUGGUGCUGUUGGGGAUAGGCUCAAAGAAGGCUCAAAUAUCAACAAGUCCUUAACCACACUUGGCCUUGUGAUAUCGAAGCUGGCGGAUCAGUCAUCAGGUGGGAAGAAUAAGGACAAGUUCGUACCAUAUCGAGACUCUGUACUUACCUGGCUUCUCAAGGACAAUCUUGGAGGUAACAGCAAGACUGUGAUGGUAGCAACAAUUUCUCCUGCAGCGGACAACUAUGAAGAAACUUUAUCUACUUUACGAUAUGCAGACAGAGCCAAACGUAUUGUCAACCAUGCAGUUGUUAAUGAAGAUCCAAAUGCAAGGAUUAUCAGAGAACUUAGACAAGAAGUUGAAGCUCUGAAGGAGAUGCUUAAAAAUGCAACAGCAUCAGAAGGUCAUAAAGAGCAACGGGUGGAUCUCACAGAAAAGCUGAGUGAAAGUGAAAAGUUGAUGAAAGAGAUGUCACAGACGUGGGAAGAGAAGCUUCAGAAAACAGAACGCCUCCAGCACGAGAGACAGCAGGCACUUGAGAAGAUGGGAAUCAGUGUGCAAGCAUCAGGCAUAAAAGUGGAGAAGAAUAAGUACUACCUGGUUAACCUAAAUGCUGAUCCAUCACUCAAUGAACUGCUAGUCUACUAUCUUAAGGAACGAACUUUCGUAGGAGGGCGAGAAGCGCCUAUGGAGCAGGAUAUUCAGCUCUCAGGGCUUGGAAUUCAGCCAGAGCAUUGUGUUAUAGCUAUAGAGGAUGGUGGACUAUUCAUGGAACCCCUCCAAAAUGCUCGGUCAUAUGUCAAUGGUCUGCCUGUCACUGAGAGGAUUCCUCUGCAUCACGGAGACAGAAUACUUUGGGGAAAUCAUCACUUCUUCAGAGUCAAUUGUCCCAAAUCAGCAGGUAGCAUUUUACGUCGGAAUUGUCACUUCUGUAUGAGUAGUCAUGUAGCAAGUAACUAACAUUUUUCAAUCUUCUCCACCUGGCACCAUUCUAAACUGUAGUUUACAAUAUUGUGGCUUACUGAAUCAUGUAAUGUUGUGUGCCCAUAAAUUGGUUUCAUAUGAUUUCUCCAUUCUUUGUUGUUCUUUUGUUCAUAUAAUUAUGUAUUAAUUGAAAAAAAUUAGCAGACUAGCAAUAUUUUGAUG